UUCUAACAAUAAUUCAUUCACACUGACGGUAAGGUGACAAUGGAAGAAAAUUACAAAUCCUUAAAGAUCAAGCAGAAAUCCCCCGAUUCUCGAGUCUUCUAUUUGUUCAUCGACCGCCCAUCACGUGGCAACUCCCUCUCACGUGACUUCUUCACUGAAUUCCCUGCCGCACUCUCCUCCCUCGACCAGAAUCCGGAAGCCGGCGUCAUCAUCCUCUCCGGGGUCGGCAAUCAUUUCUGCACCGGUAUCGAUCUCCAAUUGCUCAACUCCCUCUCUCAAGAAACCCGGGCUGCCGACACCGGACGCACCGGGGAGAAGCUCCGUCGGGAGAUAAAGUUCUUGCAACGAGCCGUGACUGCCAUUGAGGAGUGCAGGAAGCCCGUGAUUGCUGCCGUCCACGGGGCGUGCCUUGGGGGAGGUGUGGACAUAAUUACCGCCUGUGACGUCAGGUAUUCUACUGAAAAUGCCUUCUUUUCGGUGAAAGAAGUGGACUUGGCGAUCACGGCGGAUCUAGGAUCGCUCCAGAGGCUUCCAGGAAUUGUUGGGUUUGGUAAUGCCAUGGAGCUGGCUCUCACGGCUCGAAGGUUCUCGGGUUUGGAGGCGAAGGAUUUGGGACUAGUCACGAGGGUUUUUAGCACCAAGGAAGCCUUGGAGAAAGGGGUUGCAGAAAUUGCUGAGGGUAUUGCGGCAAAGUCUCCACUUGCAGUCACUGGAACGAAGAGGGUAUUGAUACAAAGCAGAGACCUGAGAUUGGAUCAAGGUUUGGAUUAUGUUGCAACAUGGAACUCUGGAGUUCUUCUGUCGGAUGAUCUAACAGAAGCAAUAUCAGCUCAACACCAGAAGAGAAAACCUUUAUAUGCUAAGCUCUGAUGGAUCUAUUGUACCAUUAGCUGCAGAAAACAGUAGCACUAGCUACAUAAAUGUCCUUUCAUUUCCCAACAAAACUCGCAUGAUUCUGUCGGUAAUAAAGUUUGGAACAUAAAAAUAAUGACAUUAUCUACAAAAUUCUGUAUUUACCCUCAGUAAAUUUGUCAAUUUUGUCAGUGUAUUUUGUAAUGGAAUAAAAUUUAUACAGGGAACGGUAAGACAAAAAUUGUUUGUA